CAACUAGUCCAGUUGUAAUCAUUUCUUCUUAUUUAAAUUAUCCGCCUUUUUGGGCUGAAGGUGUAUGCGCAUUUAGAAUCGGGAUUAGAAAAAGUGAGAGUUUCGUUUCUAGAGAAGUAUUCUGUGAUUUUGAAUCGCAUCCAUUUAUGAGAGCACGCGAGGCACUAACCAGUUAUCAAUACUGGUUGUACACAGUUGUACAAUUGCACGUGGUGUAGCGUGUAGUUUCUAGUCAGUAAUUUUUGAACGAAACUAGUGAACAUUUAUUGUUUUGGUUAAUAAUUUUUUCUAUACAGAUUAACGAAAAAUGUUUCGACGGGUUCUGCCGAAGAUAAUACAGAGUAUGUCAGAAGUUCAGAAUAUGCGAAUGUGUACUAAUAUGAAAGAGACGAAAAUAGAAAAAACAAUGAACCAUAUAACACUGUUGGGAAGAGUGGGGAACGACCCACAAACAAGAGGUUCCACAGAUCAUCCUGUUGUUAUAUUUUCUGUUGCCACACAUACUAAUUAUAAAUAUUUGAAUGGAGAUUUUAUACAACGAACGGAGUGGCAUAGAAUAUGUGUUUUCAAACCGCAACUUCGUGAUACCGUGUCUAAGUAUCUUAGGAAAGGUCAAAGAGUAUUGGUCACCGGAAAAGUGAGUUAUGGUGAAUUUAAAGAUGAAGAAGGUCAAACAAAACCCAGCACAGCGGUCAUUGCAGACGAUGUGGUAUUUUUCCAAACGUAAUAAACACAAUUAUCUUCAUAGGUUAGUUUUACAAACACACCUGAUUUUCUAAAAAAUAUUUUUAUGAAUAGUAUGGUAAUAAAAUUAAUUAUCAAAAAUAUAUGCUUUUAUUCCUUAAUUUUUCCUUGAAAAGAUUCGGAGACAGUUUGUACAUUUUACUGCUUUGUCAGUUUGAGAUGUUCGAUUGUUCAUAUUUUUAUAUGUAGUAGAACCUGUGUUAUGUGAAUUAAUUAAGGGACAAAAGUGUUCAGAUAAGAAAAUUUUUGUAUGUAUAAUAAACAACGAAAGAUUAGCACUCAGUUUUACCUAAUACUUAAGACAGAUUUAAAUAAAACUAAUACAAGUGAUUGUAGGUAACAUUAUAGAAAUACAUUAGUAAUUUCAAUCUUGUAAUAUAUUUCUAUAUAUCGUUUAAAAGUAUAAAUUUUGCUCUAUAUUUUGAUAAUGAAUAUCGUCUGUUUUCUAUUAAUAAAUGUAUGCUUUAUUCUG